CUAUGGACUCUAAACCCAAUAUACUUCUGUUUGUGGCUGAUGAUCUUGGCAUUGGAGAUAUAGGCUGCUAUGGGAACAAUACCAUAAGCCUUACUCUAUCCACCGAGUGCUUUUCCAGAAUCCUGAAUCCACUUGCUCAUUGCCUCCACUGAUACAGUCCAAUUCAAUCUCCUGUGGGCUGACCCACAUGAGUCGUUACAUGAUGAUAUGCCUUCAAAACUAGUGAUUACAUUCCCUCAAAACUAAAAAAGCAAAGCUGGAGCAAAUGGUCAUCGGGAGCACUUCUUACACGCCUCGACUGAUGCCCUCCAAGAGGUGCAGCACCAUUUUGUUAUGAUGCUCUGGGCAUAGGUCUCUAACGUGAUGUCAAUAUGGUUGUACAGACCAAUGAGUGUCUGAAGACAGCUUGAGAGGCCUGUUACACUCAUUGCGAUGUUGUAGUCCACUCUUCUGGGAGAGCUGGGGUCCCAUGCAAGUGUCAGUAUGUAAAGGUAUUAUGAAAUAAAUAGCAUGUGUUAUCAACAUGGAACAAAAAAGUCUUGGUUGCAAGAGCUCCAGAUGCCCAGGAAGAUUCUCCGGCUCAAUGAACUCUGAAAUUCAAGAUGCAGAUGGGCUGCUGAAAAUGUCCUGUUGGAAGUAUCAGAAUAGAGGAGUACCAUCCUUUUCUAGGACCCCGAACAUUGACCGUCUGGCCAGAGAAGGAGUGAAACUUACUCAGCACAUUGCUGCAGCUCCACUCUGUACUCCGAGCAGAGCAGCUUUUCUCACUGGCCGAUAUCCCAUCAGAUCAGGGAUGGCCUCCAGUGGUCGGUAUCGAGCCCUGCAGUGGAACGCUGGGUCAGGAGGGCUCCCUGCGAAUGAAACAACCUUCGCAAGGCUGCUACAGAAACAAGGUUAUACCACAGGACUGAUAGGGAAGUGGCAUCAAGGUGUAAACUGCGAAUCUGUCAAUGAUCACUGCCACCAUCCUCUAAACCAUGGGUUUGACUACUUCUACGGCAUGCCUUUCACGCUUCUAAGCAACUGUCAGGAAAACAAACCUCCAGAGCUGGAUGCAGCCCUUCAAGCUAGGCUUUGGCUUUACAGUCAGAUAAUUGCACUUGCUGUGUUCACUCUCACUGCUGGAAAACUGACUGGUUUGAUUUCCAUCUGUUGGAAGAUAAUUGCCUGUUUUACUCUGGUGGGCUGCAUUUUCUUCAUUUCCUGGUACUCCAGUUAUGGCUUUGUGCAGUAUUGGAACUGUAUUCUAAUGAGGAAUCAUGAUAUCACUGAGCAGCCGAUGAGGCUGGAGAGGACUGCUUCUCUCAUGCUGAAGGAGGCAGUGUCAUUUAUCGAAAGAAACAGGCACAGACCGUUCCUUCUUUUCGUUUCCUUUCUACAUGUUCAUACCCCGCUUUUCACCACGGCAAAAUUUCUGAGCAAGAGCAGACAUGGUUUAUAUGGAGACAACGUAGAAGAAAUGGAUUGGAUGGUGGGCAAAAUUCUGGAUUCUCUUGACAAGGAAGGUUUGAAAAAUAAUACAUUCACAUAUUUUACCUCUGACCAUGGAGGACAAUUGGAGGCUCAGGAUGGAUCUGCCCAGCUAGGUGGCUGGAAUAGUAUCUAUAAAGGUGGAAAAGGAAUGGGAGGCUGGGAAGGAGGGAUCCGUGUGCCAGGAGUAUUUAGAUGGCCAGGAGUGUUACCUGCAGGCAUAGUUAUCAAUGAACUUACAAGCCUUAUGGACAUCUAUCCCACCGUAGUUCAUCUAGCUGGAGGAACUUUACCCCAGGACAGAGUAAUCGAUGGACGGAACUUGAUGCCUUUACUUCAAGGAAGAGUUCAACAGUCAGAGCACGAGUUCCUGUUUCACUACUGUGGGUCCUACCUGCAUGCAGUGCGGUGGCACCAAAAGGACAGUGUGGCCAUCUGGAAGGCUCAUUAUGUGACCCCAGUCUUCCAUCCACCCGGGGCUGGAGCUUGUUAUGGAAAAGGAAUUUGCCCAUGCUUUGGGGAAGGCGUGACCCAUCACAACCCUCCGUUGCUGUUUGAUCUCUCACAAGACCCUUCUGAAGCCAAACCUCUAACAGCUGAUGCUGAGCCCCUCUUUGACAUUGUAGUAAAGAAGAUUGGAAGAGCCAUUGAAGAGCAUCGCAGGACACUGACUCCAGUCCCGGAGCAGCUCUCCUUCUACAAUGUUAUGUGGAAGCCAUGGCUGCAGCCAUGCUGUGGGACAUUCCCGUUCUGUUGGUGUGAUAAGGAAGGUGACAGCACACACAGUUUGUGAGAUGGAUGCCUACUAAUACAUUCUGUGGCUCUGCUGACAAAGCUUUCAGAAGUUAGUUAUGUUGGGGCCCAAUAAAAUACUUUUUGUUUUGGAAGCAAAGUAGAUGAAAAUAAAGAAAAUGAAUGUUGAACAGA